AUGCUGGAGGAUGACGAUGGGAUGAGCGAGAGGGGGCUCAGCAGCUCGAGGAGGAGAUACGAUGAUGAGGAAGUGUCACCGGCUGCCGAACGCCUCCGCUACAUCCUGGGGGAAGACGAUGAGCCUCCCAACCCCACGCUCUUCACGGAGAUGGACACGCUGCAGCACGACGGCGAGGAGAUGGAGUGGAAGGAGUCGGCCAGGUGGAUAAAGUUUGAAGAAAAGGUGGAGGAAGGCGGGGAGAGGUGGAGCAAGCCCCACGUGUCCACGCUGUCUUUGCACAGCCUGUUUGAGCUACGGACGUGUCUACAGACGGGAACGGUGCUCCUGGACUUAGAUGGCUACUCUUUGCCCCAAAUUAUAGACGAUGUCAUUGAGAAGCAGAUCGAGGAUGGUCUGCUCAAGCCAGAGCUGCGGGAGAAGAUAAGCUACGUGCUCCUGAGGAAGCACCGUCACCAAACCAAGAAGCCAAUCCACCGGUCCUUGGCCGACAUCGGAAAGUCCGUCUCCUCCAACACAACCCGCAGCCCCGUCCGGAGCCCGGCCGCCGGCGCUGCCUUCCACCGCUCCACCGAGGACCUGCGGAUGCGGCAGAGCGCGAGCUACGGCCGCCUACGUCACGCGCAGAGUCGAAGCAUGAACGACAUCUCAGACACACCGAGCACUGACCAGCUGAAGAACAAGUUCAUCAAGAAGAUCCCCAAGGAUGCGGAGGCCUCCAACGUGCUGGUGGGAGAAGUGGAGUUCCUGGAGAAGCCCUUUGUGGCUUUCGUGCGGCUCCUCCAGGCAACGAUGCUGGGAGGGGUGACGGAGGUGCCCGUCCCCACCAGGUUCCUCUUUAUUCUCCUUGGUCCCGCAGGAAAAGCCAAAUCCUACAACGAGAUUGGCAGAGCCAUGGCGACCCUCAUGGUGGAUGAUCUCUUCAGCGAUGUUGCCUACAAAGCCCGGGAUAGAGAAGACCUGAUUGCCGGCAUAGAUGAGUUUCUGGAUGAAGUCAUUGUCCUGCCGCCUGGCGAGUGGGACCCCAACAUUAGGAUUGAGCCACCCAAAAAAGUGCCCUCGGCUGACAAGAGGAAAUCAGUUUUCUCGCUGAACGAAGUGGGGCAGAUGAACGGCACGGCCGGUGGGGCAGGUGCUGGGGGCGGUGGAGGAGGCAGCGACGAUGGGGAGAUGCCCGAAGUUCACGAAAUCGGGGAAGAGCUCACGUGGACUGGCAGGUUUUGCGGUGGCCUCUACUUGGAUAUCAAGAGGAAGCUGCCCUGGUUCCCGAGCGACUUCUAUGAAGGCUUUCAUAUCCAGUCCAUCUCUGCCAUCUUGUUCAUCUACCUGGGCUGCAUCACCAAUGCCAUCACGUUUGGGGGCUUGCUUGGGGACGCUACGGACAACUACCAGGGCGUCAUGGAGAGUUUCCUCGGCACGGCAAUGGCAGGCUCCAUGUUUUGCCUCUUCGCCGGGCAGCCGCUCAUCAUCCUCAGCAGCACCGGCCCCAUCCUCAUCUUCGAGAAGCUGCUCUUCGACUUCAGCAAAGGCAACGGCAUCGACUACAUGGAGUUUCGCCUCUGGAUCGGCUUGCACUCUGCCGUACAGUGCCUUAUCCUGGUGGCCACCGAUGCCAGCUUCAUUAUAAAGUACAUCACCCGCUUCACAGAGGAAGGUUUCUCCACCCUCAUCAGCUUCAUCUUCAUCUACGACGCCAUCAAGAAGAUGAUUGGAGCUUUUAAGUACUACCCCAUCAAUUCGGACUUCAAGCCGGACUACGUGACCAUGUACAAGUGCGAGUGCAUUGCUCCCGACCCAGCCAACGCGACCUUGUUCGAUGCUUCAGCUCCAGUGGCACCAAACACCACUAACGUUUCUCUGUACAAUGCUAUUAACCUAACAGCUCUGGACUGGACUCAGCUGAGUAAGAAGGAGUGUCUCAAAUACGGCGGCAGCUUAGUGGGGAAAUCCUGUAAAUUCGUGCCCGACCUGGCCCUUAUGUCCUUCAUCCUCUUCUUCGGGACCUACUCCAUGACCUUGACCCUGAAAAAAUUCAAAUUCAGCCGCUAUUUCCCCACCAAGCCCACCCGCGUGGACCGAGGGUGGUUCGUGUUUCCCUUCGGGAAGAACCCGUGGUGGGUUUACCUGGCCAGCGCCCUGCCUGCCCUCCUCGUCACCAUCCUCAUCUUCAUGGACCAGCAGAUCACGGCCGUCAUCGUUAACAGGAAGGAGCACAAGCUGCGGGGGACAGCGGGCUACCACCUGGACCUCUUCUGGGUGGGCAUCCUCAUGGCCGUCUGCUCCUUCAUGGGGCUGCCCUGGUAUGUGGCGGCCACCGUCAUCUCCAUCGCCCACAUCGACAGCUUGAAGAUGGAGACAGAGACCAGCGCGCCGGGGGAGCAGCCCCAGUUCCUGGGGGUCAGGGAGCAGAGAGUGACGGGCAUCAUCGUCUUUGUGCUGACAGGGAUUUCCGUCUUCCUGGCCCCUAUCCUGAAGUACAUCCCCAUGCCGGUGCUGUACGGCGUCUUUCUGUACAUGGGCGUCGCGUCGCUGAACGGCAUCCAGUUCUGGGACCGCUGCAAGCUCUUCCUCAUGCCGGCCAAGCACCAACCUGACUACGUCUUCCUCCGGCACGUGCCGCUGCGCCGCAUCCACCUCUUCACGCUGGUGCAGAUCAUCUGCCUGGCCGUCCUCUGGAUCCUCAAGUCCACCGUGGCCGCCAUCAUCUUCCCUGUCAUGAUUUUAGCCCUGAUCCUGGUGAGGCGGCUGCUGGAUUUUGUCUUCUCCCAACACGACCUGGCCUGGAUUGACAACAUCAUCCCCGAGAAGGAGAAGAAGAAGGAGGAUGACAAGAAGAAGAAGAAAAAAGGCAACAAAGGAGAUAGCAGCAGCGAUGAGGAGUUCCCACCUCCCUCAGUCAUUAAGAUCCCCAUGGAGCCCCUGCCAUCGCAGCCCCGAAACGGGGGUCCCCAUUGCCUCAGCCGAAAGAGGUCCUCCACCUGGAGCUUUGCUAUUACGCUUCACCUGAAGAUUUCGUGCCCGUCGUCGCCCGCAUUUAACUACUCCCGAAACCCCAUCUGCGCCGUGCCCCAGGUGAAGAUAGAGAUGGAGUCGGACUACGAGGACACCGACACUGAAAAACCACCUCGGGACAUGGGCA